AUGAUUCAAGUCUCAAGUGUAAAAUCAAAUAAAAUAGAGUUCCUAGAUUCCGGUGGUGGUUCCUAUCCAGAAGUCAUAUCUAGUGGCCAAGCAGAAUGGUUUCAGCAGAAAGCUCAAGAAAUUAAUGCUGACUCCAGGGUUCCUGAGAUAAUUUUCUGGCAUAUGCCAAGUAAGGCCUAUAAAUCGGUGGCUCCAAAGAUCGGUAUACGAAGGCCUUGUGUUGGUUCCAUCAACAAGGAAAAAGUUUCAGCUCAAGAAGCUGAAACCGGUAUCAUGGAUCUUCUUGCGAAAAGAACUUCCAUCAAGGCAAUAUUUGUUGGACACAACCAUGGAUUGGAUUGGUGCUGCCCAUACAAGAAACUAUGGCUAUGCUAUGCUAGGCACACUGGCUAUGGUGGCUAUGGCGAUUGGCCUAGAGGAGCUAGAAUUUUAGAGUUCACUCACAAACCCUUUUCUCUCCGAUCAUGGAUAAGGAUGGAGGAUGGCAAUGUCCACAGUGAAGUUGUCUUGAGCUGA